GGCCUUUCGCCCAUUGCCAUGGCCUGGAUGGCACACUUUCGGCCAUCCAGCCUCACGCUGCGCAUGGAGAAGGGCGAUCGGGUUUCGCUCACUCUGGAGAACGUGCCGCCGUCAACGUUGCAGCGCCCCCAGCGAUAUGUCUUCCGCCUGGAGAGUGCCGCCAAUGACCUGGCCAGUGUGCCCGAGGAGAACUCCACCAUAGCGGUGGAUCUGUUGAAUCCGGACACACGAGACUGGACGGGCGACAUCCAGGUGAAUGCCCACUUUCUGGGCGAGACCAAGAUCACAGUCCGUCUGUUUGACAACAUGUCGAACAGCAGCCAGCUGCCGACGCAGGGCAGCAACGACAGCACGCUAGACGUGAAGGUGCAGCGGCCGAGCCGUGUGGUGGAUCAUGUCUUCAUCGGCUCCAUCGUCCUGCUUAUGUCGCUGCUGUACAUAAACUUUGGGGCCGCCCUCAAUCUAGAUGUGCUGCGGGGAUUGGUGACGCGACCAGUCGGUCCCUGCAUCGGAUUCGUUAUGCAGGUGGUGGGUAUGCCGCUGCUAAGCUACGCUCUGGGAGUAUUCAUAUUCCCCGAGGCCCCGGCCAUGCAGCUGGGCCUCUUCUUCACGGGAAUCUCGCCCAGCGGCGGGGCAUCCAAUACCUGGUCUGCGGUGCUGGGCGGCAACAUUCAUCUCUCGGUGCUAAUGACAACGGUUAGCAAUGUGGCCGCCUUUGUCACGAUGCCGCUGUGGAUUUUCACACUCGGACAGCUGAUCUUUGAGCGGGCCGGGAUGCAGGUUCCAUACGGAACGAUUGCCACUUACUGUGCCUGCCUCAUCAUACCUCUGCUGAUGGGCUUGGCUGUACAGAAGCGUUCGCCACGCCUCACGCGAGUUCUCGUGCGCCUGUUGAAGCCCAUCUCUGCCUGCCUCAUCCUGUUCAUUGUGAUAUUUGCGAUCAUCACGAACUUUUAUCUAUUCUAUCUGUUCUCCUGGCAGAUUGCUGUGGCCGGCAUGGCCCUUCCCGGACUAGGCUACAUUUUUGCCUGGCUGGCUGCCAAGCUGCUGCAUCAGACCGCCGCCGAUGCCCUGACCAUUGCCAUCGAAACGGGCAUACAGAACACGGGCAUUGCCAUCUUCCUGCUGACCACCACGCUCGAGUCGCCGCAGUCGGAUCUCACCACAGUGGUGCCCGUGUCGGUGGCCGUGAUGACACCGCUUCCCCUGCUCGUCAUUUAUCUCUACAAUCGCUGCUGUCGCCCCAAGCCGGAUGAGGUGGCUGCAGGAGAGUCCCAGCGCAUUGUUUGAGGGAAAUU